AUGGCCGGCGGCGUCGUUCUCCGCUUCGUCAGCUUUGCGAUUCGCAUCCUGCAGUUUCUCGCCUCGGCCGUCAUCCUCGCCAUCUACUCCUACUUCCUCGCCGUCCUCGCCAACCACAAUGUGUCGAUUCCGCGAUGGGUCAAGGCCGUCGAGGGCCUGUCUGGCGCCGCCGCCCUCUACGCCCUGCUCGGCAUCCUCCUCACCUGCUGCCUGGGCGGAGUCACCUUCUUUGCCGUCCUCGCCGUCGGUCUCGACGUCUGCUUCGUCGCCGCCAUGAUGGCCAUCGCCAUCAUGAACCGUCACGGCACCCAGUCCUGCAGUGGCACCGUCAAUACCCCGCUGGGCGACGGCGACAGCAGCUCCGAUUCCUCUACGACAAAGGCCAAUCUCGGUCUCACCUGCAGGCUUGAGAAGACGGUCUUUGCCGUCUCCAUGAUUGGAAUCUUUCUCUUCCUCUUCUCCAUCCUCUUCCAGGUCCUUCUCGCCCGGAACCACCGGCGCCAGAAGGCGUUCGGCCCCUCGCCUGCAAAUGGAUACACCUACGAAUCCCAUCGGCCUCGGGGCUUCCUCUUCUGGCGCCGCAAGAAUAAUGCCCCUGAAACGGAGAACCUCAAUGAAAACGAUCUCCCGGCUCAUCCGACCCCGCAGGACCUCGAGUACCAGGUUAGCCCGGAGAAGACGCGCUUUCAUAACGGAUUCUGGGGACGGAACAAGAACACCACAGAUGGAGUUAAUGGAAAUACCUAUAAUGGGACUUACGGCGAGUACUGA